AUGUCUAAACUCGAAAAGAUUCUCUACAUUUCGACUGGUGGCACAAUCGACAAGGGAUAUCCAAGAAAUAUUCGUGGUUACGCUUUUGAGUUUCAAGAUCCACCGGCGGCUCUUCAGAUCUUCCAGAGAGCGAAAAUUGGACCCUUUAUUGAGAUUCUCCAUGUGAAAGCCUUUGCAAAAGACUCGCAAGAGAUUACAGAGGAAGAUCGAGCUGUGAUCGAAAAAAUCGUCUCCGAAAAUCCGGUAUCAAGAGUUUUACUCACCCACGGGACGGACACAAUUUUGGAGACGGCCACUUUCCUCCAAAAGCACUUCCCGGAUAGAAUUUUUGUGUUAACAGGCUCAUUUCUGCCAGCGGUUUUUCGUGAUUCGGAUGCCGAGUUCAACUUGGGAAUGGCCCUAGGCGCUGUGCAAAGCAUUCGGGAACCUGGCGCCUACGUAGCACUACAAGGACUCACAGAACGAUGUGAUCGAUUGAAAAGAAAUCUCGAGAACGGGGAUUUCGAAAGAAUUCAA